AUGAAGCGUGUUGUUAGCAUCUUGAUGGACAUCAUAGCGUAUUUAUUUAAUUGCUACACCAUUGUUUCGACGACAUUUUAUCACCAGAAGCAAUGGAGCGCCUUGAUUAAAACUAUCAAGUGUGAUCAACAUAUACACAAGAUUCCACUACAUUUAGAUUUUAUAUUGCUCAAUAUUGUUUUCUGGAUAAUUCUCUUCUGUUCGAAUUACGCUUUCCAUCAGAUCGUGGUUUUCAAAACUAUAAAAGACAUCGCUGUUAUUGAUGUUGAAAUCUACACUCAGUUUGUUUUUGGAUAUUUGAUCUUUGUCGUUACUGGUAUGCUGCGUUCUAAAUAUCGCUACCUGCGCAACUUCUUGGAAAACUACCACCAAACUUUUCACACCAAAUCAAUAUCCGGAGACGAGUUUUUAUUGUUUAUGAAAAAAAUGGAACAUGUUGCUUAUACUUUAAAAGAAAGUGUUGACCACUUUAACGACAUUUUUGGUAUUCCGCUACUUUUGAUGAUAUCUUACGCAACGCUCCAUUUUGUCAACUACAUCGAUGAUUUGUUUUUCUUCCGGUUUAAUCCUGAUAAAUAUUACCACUUUUUUAUUUCAAAUGUUUUGGUAGUGUCAAUGAUUUUUUUGGGAAACUGCAUGCUGAUUGUUAUGUGCGACAGUGUAUUAAAGGAAGCGCUGAAGGUUGUUGGUUUUGCUUACAAGCUACGAAAGAAUUUUCCUUCUGCAUUGUCACGCCAGCGGGUUGAAGUGAACGAAUUCAUUGAUUUCGUAAUUCGCAAUUUUCCAAAAUUUUCAGCUGCUGGUUUUUUUGAUAUAGACAGGUCGACGAUUUUUAAACUUCUGGGAACUGUAACCACGUUGCUUAUAGUCAUGGUGCAGUUUGAUACAAACAAUACGGGUAUAUGA